UUGCAGUAUGAUAUUAACGAUGAGUCUGAAGCUCAAAAAGAAGAAGCAGAUUUCUCAACCGUCGAUGAAUCAGAAUCUCUUUUAUCCAACGUAGUGUCAGACGUAAAUAAAACACUCACGAAUUUCUACAACCAUGUCACAUCAGCUAAUGUGUCCACAGAUUCAAAUAGCACACAUUCAGCCAAUGAAACUCGAAAACUCGUCAAAUGUAGAGAAAUUAUAUAUGAUCCAAUAGAUUCAGAGCCUGUAGUGGAGAUCAUUAAUGGAAGUUCCCUUGCUAAGCUGUUACAAGUGAAACCAGAUGUAACGAGCCGUGAUGUUGAAGCUGAUUGUGUUUUAGUUUUAUUCUAUGCUCGAGCCUGCCCAUUUAGUGCACAUGCUGCUCCACAUUUUAAUGCUCUUGCCAGAUCAUAUCCGAACAUCAAAAUGGUUGCAUUAGAUGCCUUAAAAUACCACGGCAUUAAUGCACAGUAUGGUAUUGUAGGUGUGCCUACACUCAAGAUGUUUCAUAAUGGGCGACCGGUGGGGAAAUUCAAUGGUACUGAAUAUAAUAUACAUUUGUUUAGUAGAUUUGUUCAUGCUAUAACGGGACAACAGUGCCAAAGCUUAUUAGUCACAUCCAAAGACUUCCAAGGACCUGUAUCGAGUGUAGUCGAGAAGGAAACAGACUAUUUCCUUAUUCUUUCAUGGCUUUUCAUUAUAAUUUGCUCAAUAUAUUACUUUAUGGAAUCUAAAUGGUGGAAGAUGAUCGUUGAAAUGGUUCAGAAUAACUGGAGAGAGUCCGAAGCACAGCAUGAACACAAUGAUUGA